GUGAUGAUCGAAAAUUGGGAGGAGACGGACGCCUCGUACGGAUUACAGUGUGCACAAGGUUCACUGAAUCAACACGGAUUGUUUGUGCCCGAACGGAGGGACGCUACCGACGACACGUGCAGUGAUAGUGUUCAGACUUGACUAGAAGAAUUCACGCGCCAAACCUUUUCUAAAUUCAAUUUUUUUUUUAUUAAAAAAACAAUGUCAGAUAUUAAAACUUUUUCGAGUGGACUUAUUAAGUGACUUUUAAUGAGUGAAUUAUUUUUGAAAAGGGAACAUUAUAAGAUUGUAGACUUGAAGACUUUUAUUAUUGUUCAAUGUCUUAAAAGAUAAGUGACAAGUGACGAUCGAUGUGAGAAAAACAUUAGACAUUUCUAAAUGUUCGCGAAGAGGCAUUUUAUGAAAUAGACGUUGCUAUGACGAUGCUUGCGAUGGCGCGAGGGUCCGAGGAGAGGCGUGAAGAUGGCGAUGCCGAAGUAGAAGCCGAGGCGGAAGCUGAAGCGAACGAAGUGGACGUGGUAGGGGUCGAGGAGGCCGCGCCGGUGGACUUGACUAGACGGCUAGGCCUCACGAGGCCGCCGGAGAGGCCAGCAAUUGCCUUUUCCGUAGAAAACAUAUUAGACCCUAAUAAAUUCACCGGCCGGUCUGAAGUGCCGUUGCGGUACGACGAGCAGUACUGGAGGCCGCAUUAUGACAGAGAUGAUAGUGAUUCCGUCAAAGAUCAUCUCCAUUCGGACCUCGAUGCUGAUGACGUGGAAACCGACGACCAAACAUCAAAUAUGGAUGACGAUAUCCUAACACAGUCCGACUUGGACGACAACGGGGAUCCCAAGAGUCCAACCAGUUCUAGCUCAAAGAAAGGAAAGAGUUCCUCGAGUAGAGAUUCUAAGGGUGGCACUAAACCGAGACGAGCUAGAACAGCCUUCACUUACGAGCAGCUAGUCUCGUUGGAGAACAAGUUUAAGACAACGAGGUACCUUAGCGUUUGCGAGAGACUCAAUCUCGCUCUCAGUUUGAGUUUGACCGAAACUCAGGUCAAAAUCUGGUUCCAAAACCGGAGAACCAAGUGGAAAAAGCAGAAUCCAGGGAUGGACGUCAACAGUCCUACCGUGCCACCCCCGCCCGCGGGCGGCUUCCCCUCAGGGCCGUAUCCAGGGGGGCUCCUGUAUUCCCACGGGGUGCCGUAUCCUUUCACCGGCCCUGGACCUUACGCGCCGUACUUCCACCAUCUGGCGGCGAAUCACCACCAUUCGCACGGCAGCCUCGGUCACUCUCAUACGUGAUUAUGGGCGCGCCCAGGAUCACAAGAUCCUCGGGUAGACAAGGAGAAUGAUAGCCCGUGCGGACUCACCAAUUAAGACGGACAAUGUGUGCGAGUGUAAGAAAAUAUGUGCUCCAUCUUUGGUUUUAUAAAAGUACGAUAGCCUUCAACGAAAACUUUGGCAAUUUUUACAGUUACAUAAUGUAAUAUAACCUAAAUAAAAUAGCCACUUCUAUUGGAAAAAAAUAGGUGAACAUUUUGACAGAUACUAAGUGUUUCUACAACUUUACAUCAAUUGUGUAACAUGCUUAUAGUGAAAUAGUUAAAUAAAAUCGAUUGUGAUAUCUACGGAUAAGCUUAUGCUUUAUUUUUUCAGUUUCAGUAAACUAUUUUUAAUAAUUUUUUAACUGUUUGUUUCCAUUUUAUGUUACAAAAAUACCAGCAAAUUUUAUACCAUCAAAUAUAAAUUCAAUAUUUUGAUUAACUUUAAUUUUAUUAUUGUUCAAAACUAAAUGCCGAACUCUAUUUUGUUAUAUAAAAACUUAAAACACUUAAGAUCAUAAUAUGUGAAAAUAAAAAAACCACCAUGAUUCAAAGAAAGGUACUUUGAGACUUUUAAUAAUACAUUAAAAGAGGAAUUCAUUUUUUAUUUAUGUAAAAAAUAUAAACACUCUUGUAUGAUAAGAUCACUUCUUUGCUUUUUCAGGUAGUAUUUAUUAAUCCAUAAAUAAAAAUAUGUAUUUAACAUAUAAACUACUCGUUAAAUCUUACUGCAUUAAAUUUAAAGCAGAAACCUAUUUUAUCUUUCAUGUGUAAUAUAUUUUAUUUUGUUUAACUUCACUAUUUGAAAGCAAUUGAUAUUAUAUUUACAUAACUAAAAUAGGUUUAUUGAUAUUUUUUACAAUAAAUAUCAUUUAACAAAUUGGCUCUUUAAAUGGACCAUGGGCAUGUUUGACUGUAGUCUAAUACCGUUUUACAUUGAUAAUAAUGUUGCAAUAAUUCAGUUUGUAAGCCACUUGUAGGCAACAAUUGAGGAGUAGCUCUAUGUUGGCCAAUAUUACGCAACAUCGCAAUAUUGCCUAUUACGCUGCAUUAAGAUGUAACAUGUAACUACAUGUUAACAUGUUACUACAUGUCAACCUGCCUAUUCUAAUAUUCUUUUUGGACACAUUAUACAUAAUUAUAUUCACAUCAUUAAUGUAAUUAGCAGCAUAUUUGAUUAAAUAAAAACGCAUCUGAGAUUUUGAUUCUGGGGAAUUAACAUGAAACUGAUAAUGUUAACAUGUGUACAUUAAUUGGAUUACAAUAUCGUGUCUGAGAUCAUAAAAUUCUAAAGACAUGUUGUUAAUAUUUAUUUAAAUGCAUAAAUAAAAAAUAUGCUUCAUAAAAAAAAAUUAAUUGUAACAUAAAGUUGCAACUCUAUUUUUGCCUAAAGAGCAAAGGGCUGAAUUCAAAAUCUUUCAACACUAAUAUGGCACUGAAUAAAUAUGUAAAUUGUAAAUAAUUUAUAUAAUAUGACGUUUCUAUUAAAUUAUUGUAAUAAGUACCUAAUAAUGUUAAGUUCAAAGCUCAAUGCUGUACAUAUUACUUACGUAGCUGGUGGCGACACCUUUACAAACUCGAUGUUGGAAUAAAAUAGUUUCAAGUUG